AUGAAUCAUGAAUCUUCACCCUCAAAGUUCUUCUCCGUCUCGACGCCUGCCCAUGAUAUCAAACUUUGCUGCUUGAUGGCGAUCCUCAACAUUCACCUCAGCUGGAAACAGCACAAAUGGCCAAUAUUCUACUGUCUCGUCUCUCUCAUCGGCGCCUUCGCCUACGGAUAUGAUACGAUCUACUACACCGGCAUCCAGGGCAUGGCCCCGUUCAUCCGCGACUACGGACAUCGAAAAUCCGAUGGCUCAUACGAACUAGGAACCACGUUCCUCUCCGUUACCGCCUCCUUGAUCUACGUCGGCGAAUUCUGCGGCGCCCUGGCUACCGCGCCAAUCAACGACAGAUGGGGACGAAAGGCCGUCUUCGCAUCCGCGUCGAUGUGCAUUAUCACUGGCGCAGUCGUCCAGGUCUGUUCCUUUGGUAUAUACGGAGUCUUCUGUCUCGGCCGGGUCCUCAUCGGCUUAGGCAUCGGCCAGUUCACCGCCACGUGCCUCAUCUACAUCAGCGAGGUUGCGCCUGCACAGAUACGAGGCCCUGCCCUCAUGAUGUUCCAGUUCAUGCAGUCUUGGUCGCAGUUCGUAGUUGCCUGUAUCACCCAGGGCACCUCGAACAUCGACACCGCUGCGUCUUAUCGCAUCCCCAUGGGUCUACUGCUCGUCUUGCCGACUACCAUGCUGAUCUGUCUGCCAUUCAUUCCCGAGACGCCUGUGUGGUAUGUCUAUAAAUGCCGCCAUGAGAAGGCAGAGAAGGCGCUUCGACAAAUCAAUCGAGGGGUUCCCGAUUACGAUGCCGCCCAUGAUCUACAGAUAAUCGAUGAACAGGUCCGCCUCGAGUUCGACUCUUCAGCUGAUUCGACUUGGACAUCCCUUCUUAGCGAUUCCAUCGAACGGCGAAAGCUCAUCUUUUCAUGCGGCGCGAUGUUUGCCCAACAGAUCAACGGAAUACAGUUCUGGUACACAUAUGGCGUGGUCUUCGCCCAGUCCAUCGGCGUUGCGCAGCCAUUCACAAUCAAUACCAUCACGAACGUCAUUCAGAUAUUCGCAGUCGGCGCUUCGGUGAUGCUGGGAAACAAGGUCCCUCGCCGUACCAACUUGCUUGUCUGCACCGUAGGCAUGUUUGUUUCCCUUGUUGCCGUCGGCGGACUAGGCACGACAAAACGAGGAGGGCCAUUCUCUCAGGGCGUCGGCAUCGCCAUCGUCGUGUUCGCCUACAUCAACAUCAUCUGCUUCAACUUCUCGAUCGGCACUCUUUCAUACACCAUCGCGUCAGAGAUGGCUGUUGGCCGGAACAGGAACAAGAUCACAGCGUGCGCAAUUGGGGUGUUCUUCUUCACGGUUUGGCUUAUGGUGUUUGUCAGCCCCUAUCUGUACUACACCGCAAAUCUGGGACCGAUGCUGGGAUUUGUGUAUGCCGGUACGACUCUAUUGACUCUUGCUUACGUUUGGUUCUGUGUUGGGGAGACAACCUUCCGAACGAAUGCGGACAUUGAUAGGUUCUUCACAGAGAAGAUUCCUGUACGAAUGUGGGACUCACAUGUGUUCCAAAAUUCCAUCGGAAUGGAAGCAGGUGUUGUGGAACAGGUUGAUACUCACAUAGGGGAGAAGCUGGCGACAGCAUAG